AUGGUGAAAAAUUUUACAGGACGUAAAACAAGUUUUAUACCAUUUCGACGCACAAAACCAGGUAUUGGUGCAACAAAUCAUACAACAACAAAUGGACGAACAUCAGUUAAUCGUCAUCUUACACAAUUUGCAUUUGGUGCUUGUUUAUCAGGGACACUUGUGCAUUUUUCUGAUCCAACAUCACCUGUUCAAUUAAAUGUUUUUACUUAUGAUGAAAAUUCAUACACAGAAGGAAAAUAUAAAAAAGUCGAUGACAUCCCAAGUCUACCAUUAACAUCAGCGACUCCGAUGUUAUGGAUAGAUGUUGAUGGUGUACAUCAACGUGAUAUAAUAGCACAAAUUGGUAAUCGUUAUGAUAUUCAUGCACUUGUUCAAACAGAUAUAACAACAACAGAACAACGUACAAAAUUAGAUGUACUUGAUGAUGCUUUAUUUCUUGUAUGUAAAUUAAUAUUUCGUGAUGUUGGUCGUACAGGACAUACAAUUAUUGAACAAAUUAGUUUUUAUUUAAAAGAAAAUCUUCUUAUAACAUUUCAAGAAACACCUAAAGAUUUAUUUGAUUCAAUAAAAAAUCGUAUUCGACAAGGAAAAGGUCGUAUUCGAAAAUCUAAAAUUGAUUAUCUUUUUUAUUCACUUGUUGAUGUUAUUGUUGAUCAUUAUAUGGAUGUACUUGAUACAAUGGGCACAAAAGUUGAAUCCAUUGAUAAUCAAUUAAUGAAAACACUUAAACGUGAUACAUUAGAAUCUAUAUAUGAUAUGAAACGUGAUAUGUUAUAUUUACGUGCAAUAAUAUCACCAUUAAAAGAAAUAAUAAUUAAAUUGCAAAAAGAAGAAGAAACCCAAAUAAUGCAAGAAAGUACAAAUAUUUAUUUAAAAGAUUUAUUUGAUCAUGUUGUACAAGUUAAUGAUUCUAUCGAUACAUACAGGGAAAUGUUAGCAUCAUUUAUUGAUUUUUAUAUGAUGCUUAAUUCAAAUGCUAUGAAUGAAGUUGUAAAAACAUUAACAAUCAUAUCAACGAUAUUUAUUCCAUUAACUUUUAUUAGUGGAGUUUAUGGCAUGAAUUUUAAUAACAUGCCUGAACUUACAUAUAAAUAUGGUUAUUAUAUUGUUUUAACUGUUAUGGCUAGUCUUGCUAUAUUUAUGCUCGCAUGUUUUAAACGUAAACGUUGGUUUUAA